CUGGAGAGCUGAGUGAUGCUGCUGGUCAGCCGCUUAUUCGUUUUUAGUAGAACGACCAGCUGCUGGAGUGAUGAGUACUGAGUACCCAGGGUGGACCGGCUAAGACGCUGCCUAAUUCGGGACAGACGAGCUUCUCCCUGAAGGGCCCUGGAUCUGCAGAUUCUGGUGAAUCGGAAUAUCCUGACACACUUGUUUUUCUCCAUACAGGAACUUCUGGGUUAGUGUUCCCAUUCAUUAUAUUACAUCCACUCUUCCUGGUCUAUGGAAGAAUAUUCUUUGGAAUGUACUACACCAUUUCCUAUUGCUGAUAUAGCUUCUGCUGGACUAUAAUCUACUCACUUGUCUGGUUCUUUUGGAUCUGUGGUUAUUGGAUUUACUAUAUGUGGGUAAACCUAAUGGACUUUCAUUAUCACUGGAGCUCUGCAUCUGCACCAUCUGAUGUGGGACCUUCUUGUAUACCUUGUAUACAGUUUUAUUGGCGUAUUCCUACUACAAGUUUUUAGUAUACUAGAUCAGCAGAUUCUUAUUACUAACCUCAAGAUAUGGUGUAUCCAGUGUAUUGGGAUCGUUUAGAACUGCUACAGAAAAUCUGUCUUUAUUUCUGAACCUAAGUCCUGUUGUCAUUGUGUCCCUUUUCUCAAGCAUCGGGAUCUGCUGUAUCAGCUACUGCUGGAAUCAGAGGAACUGUCAAUGUCAGAUCUGGAUUUGCCAGGACUUCCUUCUGUAUUCUCACCUCCUGUGGCGCACAAACCGUGGACUCAAUGCCAUAAUCACCUAAGUAAUAUUUCUUCAAGAACAUCCAGGUUUGGAUUAAGUAGUUUUUAGGUAAUCAGUGAAUAUCUUUACAUAGACUUCCUUAAAGCUGUAGUGUUUCCAUCCUAAAAAAAAAAAGUGUCCGUGCAUGAGCACAAAGCUCCAAACUCCAAGCCUCCCCUAUGGAUCAGUUCAAUGGAUCCCCUCAGAUCUCUGCUCUCCUUGCCCGGAAGUAGCAAAACUUCAUUUGGGAUUAUCAGGGGAACAACAAAUGCAUCAGUAUUACCUGUACCAUUGGUUCCAGAGGAAGAUGAGGAGCAGGAGGACAAGGGAGAGGUACCCAACAAGCAGGAGUAUUUGGAGGAAGAAUAUGAUGGUGGAGGAGGAGGAGCUUGUGAAGUGGCUGGGGUCAUUGGAGAACAGCCUUCAUCCUCUCCAUCAACUCCAUUUUAUUGGACAGCAGUGUUUGAUUACGAAGCCUCAGGUGAAGAUGAGCUGACCCUGCGGUUAGGUGACCUGGUUCAGGUGCUCUCCAAAGACUCUAGUGUGUCAGGGGAUGAGGGCUGGUGGACCGGAAAGAUUCAAAAUCGGGUAGGCAUCUUUCCCAGCAACUACGUGGCCAGAACACAGAGCUUCUCCAGCAAGCUACAGGGCAAAAGAGUAGAAGAUCUGCCUUGCUAUCCAGCCUCUCCUUUACAUUUAUUAGAGAUUGACUUUUCCGAGCUGGUAUUGGAGGAAAUCAUUGGUAUUGGAGGCUUUGGCAAGGUGUACCGUGCCAUUUGGGGAGAUGAAGAGGUUGCCGUUAAAGCUGCUCGUCACGAUCCUGAUGAAGAUAUUAGCCAGACUAUUGAGAAUGUCCGGCAAGAAGCCAAACUGUUUGCAAUGCUCAACCACCCGAACAUCAUUGCUCUGCGAGGAGUGUGUCUGAAGGAACCAAAUCUGUGCUUGGUCAUGGAGUUUGCCAGAGGAGGUUCGUUAAACAGGGUGCUGUCUGGCAAGAAGAUACCCCCUGAUAUCCUGGUUAACUGGGCAGUACAGAUCGCCAGGGGCAUGAAUUACUUGCAUGAUGAAGCCAUAGUGCCUGUAAUACAUCGGGAUCUGAAGUCCAGCAACAUUUUAAUCCUGGAGAUGGUGGAGAAUGGGGAUCUCAGCAACAAAGUCCUGAAGAUAACAGAUUUUGGUCUGGCAAGGGAGUGGCACAGAACCACCAAGAUGAGUGCUGCUGGCACCUACGCUUGGAUGGCACCAGAAGUCAUUCGCUCCUCUAUGUUCUCAAAGGGAAGCGAUGUGUGGAGGAGAUGCUUGCACAUUUUACAUUUAUUACAUGGAAAACAUCCAUUCUUGGGUUUAGAGCUCUUGACUCCAGGGGACACAAACAAAACAAGAAACCGCAGUACAGGUGGUCAGAAGGAAGAAAGCGAAGAGGACGAGAAGAAAGAAAAUAAGAAAAAAGGGCGAUCGUGGACACCUGGUGCUCUCUGUCCAAAGGAAUCCACUGUAGGGGAGGAAAGGAUAUCUUUGGAGAGCUCAAAGACAUGCUCAUCUAGUGGAUCAAAUCAUGGGAAGCCUCUCAAAACAUCCAUCACUCCUGGAAUCGCCACUGAGGCAGGAGCCGAGAACGCUGCUGAUACAGUUGUAAACCAGGUGGAUAUCAAAGACUCCCAAACGCCAACCCCUAACAAGUCCUACCUCUGCAUACCAUUCCAUAAAGGUGAUGAUGGAGAAGGGCCAUUUAGUGAUGCCAGUGAAAAUCCCACACCUGUGAAUUCUGCUACAAGCACCCCACAGCUUACACCUACUAACAGCCUUAAGCGUGGAUCUCAGCAUAAGAGGUGUUCAAUGGUUCUUCUAGGUUGUGGGGCUCUUCUUGCUACGGUAGGUUUAGGCUUUGACCUCCUUGAAGCAGGCAGGAGCCAGCUAAAUCAAGAAGAUGCUGAAGUAAAGGAAGAGAAGAAAAAAAAAGAAAGUAUAUUCCAACGUGCUGCUCGUCCAAGGAGAAGCACUAGCCCACCUUCUAGAAAGCUAUUCCGAAAAGAAGACUCUCCAUCACAUUUAGCAGAACCCCCAACAUCUAUCACCCUUCAGUCACUGUCUUCCAUUUCUGAAUGUAAUUCUACCCGAUCACUCAUACGGUCAGAUAGUGAUGAGAUUGUAGUAUAUGAAAUGCCUACUCCACCAGUAGAAGAGCAACCACCAGUUGUUAGCAAUCCACUAAUCAAUGUACACAUAGAGACAUUCAAACGGGAUCCUAACCAAUCCCUAACACCUACCCAUGUGACGCUAACAUCCAGAGCCCAAAAGGAACACAGGAGGACCCCUUCUGAUGGAGUUAUUAAAGUAUUUCCAGUAAUUGCCAAUGGAACGUCACCAAAUAACUGCUUAGUAAGCUGUUCAGGAGCCAGUUCAAUAUCCCCAAGCCCGAGCAGAGAUUCACAAGAAGUUCCUCGUCUUCCUGAUCCCAAUCUUGUGUUCCCUCCAACCCCACGGCGCUGGAAUAUUCAGCAAGACUCUGCACUGGAAAGGCCUAAAACUUUGGAAUUUGUGCCAAGGCCACGACCUUCCACCAAUAGACAGAGAUUUGACUCCUGGUGGUUUGUGUCUCCUAGCAGGAACCGUGGGGAAUCUCCUGCUAACAGCUCUUGCACUGAAACCCCAAGUAACUUUGACUCGUGCUUUGCUAGCAGCAGUGGAAGCACUGUGGAAGAAAGACCCGGCUUUAUCCCAUUCCACCCUAUACCUGAGCGGACACUACUGGAUGUGGACGUGGAAGGCCAACACAAGGACAGCACUGUUCCCCUAUGCAGAACCAAAGCCUAUAAAACGGCAGCCUGUGAACAAAAACAAGAAUAUUGGUCUUAAAAAGGUUUGCUGAAGAUGCUCAGCAGAAACAAAAUGCAGCCACAAAUCUUGCACUGAAUGCACUUUGAGGAUUAAAGAAAUCACUGAAAGGCAAUAUGAGAAUUAUUAAUUAUGCUGCUCUCUUUAAUUAUUCUUCAGCACACUUUUUUUUUCUUCUUCAUGAAGACGAAUGUGAUAGAUUUCAGACCAGUCUUGAAACCAUCCGACUUUCCAAAUUUUCUGAAUUCUGAGAUUUUUAUUUUUUUUCUGGGAAAUGAAAACUAGAUCUCUAGGUUUCUAAUUUUUUAUUUUUUUUUACGUUGGUCUCUAGUUCUCAUAUACUCCUAUUUUUGUUUUUCAGUGAAACGUGCAACAGCUGUUAACACUGAAUUCCAUUUCAAGUGCAACCACGGAACUGUUAACUUAUCUCUAAUAUAUGCAAAUGGAAUGUGCGAUCCCUUUUAAGUAUUUUUUUGUGCUAAUUCCAAAACAAGUCGUAUCCACUGGUGACUGCAUUUUUUUGUUUUUAUUAAUUGUAUUGCACACUGAUUCCCCUAUCUCCUUUUUAUCCCUGGCUAUUACCAUGCCAAAUGCAAUUACAAAUUCUACUGAACACCCGCCUAAAAAAAAGUGUAAAGAGAAAUAGGCCCUGGUUGGAAACUAGUGGACACAAAAUCUCUGUGCCCCUUUUUCACAAACCUGUUCUGUUCCCCGGUAGUCUGUUCUGUCAUUGCUUGAGGUAUUCAGACUAAAGCUUUGUUUAAUAAAUGGCAGCUUAGCAGUGCCCACUGAUAUUCUA